UAUUUCUAACCAAUAGGAAGCUCAUCUGGUCCGCAGAGCCGGCCUGCCAGCCAAUGGGGAAGGCUCAGCGAGAGCGCCGGCACAAGGAAAGUCAGUGCCCAUUUACUGAAAUUGCAGUGGCGAUCGGGGGUCCCAGAACUCUGCAAUCAUGUCUAUUAUGUCCUAUAAUGGAGGGGCCGUCAUGGCUAUGAAGGGAAAGAACUGUGUGGCCAUCGCUGCAGACAGGCGCUUCGGAAUCCAGGCCCAGAUGGUAACAACGGACUUCCAGAAGAUCUUUCCCAUGGGUGAUAGGCUGUACAUCGGCCUGGCCGGGCUUGCCACCGACGUCCAGACAGUCGCCCAGCGCCUCAAGUUCCGGCUGAACCUGUAUGAGUUAAAGGAAGGUCGGCAGAUCAAGCCUUACACCCUCAUGAGCAUGGUGGCCAACCUUUUGUAUGAGAAACGGUUUGGCCCCUACUACACGGAACCAGUCAUUGCUGGGUUGGACCCGAAGACCUUUAAGCCCUUCAUUUGCUCUCUAGACCUCAUCGGCUGCCCCAUGGUUACUGACGAUUUUGUAGUCAGUGGCACCUGCUCUGAACAAAUGUAUGGGAUGUGCGAGUCUCUCUGGGAGCCCAACAUGGAUCCCGAACACCUGUUUGAAACCAUCUCCCAAGCCAUGCUGAAUGCUGUGGACCGGGAUGCGGUGUCAGGCAUGGGGGUCAUUGUCCACAUCAUUGAGAAGGACAAGAUCACCACCAGGACACUGAAGGCCCGAAUGGACUAACCCUUUUCCCAGAACCCAGGUUUUGUUGUUGUUCUUUUUGUUUUUCUUUUUAAUAAAAUGGUCCUUCUUUCA